AUGCGCAGAAUCCUUUUCCCCCUUCGCCGCGGUAUCCCACGACUCAUGUCACAGGUGGUAGAGUGCGCCAACUUUGUCGUUGUCACUCCUAUCGUGUCGGCAUCCAAGCCAUACCGGAGUUCCAACUGCUGGAAAGCCAAGACUGUCCUGUUCGACGAAGCCGCCGCCAUGCAUCGAGCGGAUGGGCUCUUGGUUUACGGCAACUCCAUCAGACCUGCUGUGGUCUUCGGCAAUGAGAAGCAGCUGCCUUCAGCCCCCAUGCCCAUGGGCGCCAGACGGGAUGAUGAAAAUGCGGUCAACAGAUUCGGACAGGAUGCAAAGACCUCUUCGCUCUCUAUGUUUGACACGGCGUUGGCAGUGACAUACUCGCAUUUGAAGGACCAUUUCUCCUACGGUCCUUCAUGCGAGCUCAGUACCUUGUCGUACGCGAAUGCUAUCCGAACCUUCAUCAAUGGAGAGCACAAUCUUGGUUUGCCUCCGACGACAAUGUCACCCGUUUUCGUCGAUUGCGUCGAAUGCCCCAGUCGCAAGGAUCCAGUAUCGAAGUCCCGAUACAACCCCCGCGCGACCGUCUGCAUGAUUCAAUGGCUGGAGGAGUUCAGCAACGCAGUCAACUUCCCACCGGACAAGAUUGUUGUGAUCACUCCAUAUCGGGCCCACAUGCUCUCCAUCAAAAACAAGCUCGAGACCAACUCUCUCUUCUCGAAGGUCCAGACAGCAACCAUCGAAUCAUACCAGGGCCGCGAGAAUGAAAUGGUAUUCCGUUCUCUUACUGUCGACAGAGAUACCGGCCCCUGCUUUGUUGCACAGCCGCAGCGGUUGAAUGUAGCUACCGGUCGCCAUAAGCUGUUUAUGGUUGUCUUUGGAGACGUCCAGACUUCAAUCUCCCAGGAGCCUGACAAAUGCAUCAAGGCUGUCACUGAAGAAGGAACCAAGAUGACUAUAAAGCCUGGCAUGUUCCAUACAUUCAUCGAGUGGUUUGUGAAGAACAACCGCGCGGCAAAAGUCGAGGGAGAUCCCACUGUUGACCCUGAUGAGGAAUGGGGGAUGGCGGAGAGGGGCAGUGAAAAUAUCCUCUAA